GCGUGCCACAGGUGGCACGGUCAACUCUAAGAGAGGACCCACGAAGGACCCGUUUCACGUGAAGAAGCUUCAAAGGAGGAAGAGGAGCCUCACAGGGAGAGACUCUCAAAGGGAGAGUGCGGCAGCUUUGUGAUCACAGGGAGAGCGUGGCGGGCGAGUGAUCACGGGGAGAGCCUGGCAGGCGAGUGAUCACGGGGAGAGCCUGGCGGGGAAGUGUCAGAUGUGGUGACAGUGUAGAAGGAUGAGGAACAGAGUUGAACACUUGGGAGAUCCUCGACUGAAGCACAGAGUUAAACAGUAUCUUCGAAAUAGCAGGGAUGAGUAUGUGGAUAUUGGAAUUCUGGCUGCAGAUCUCCAGCGGUUGUAUAGCUCAGAUUAUGGUCGCAGGAAGAGGAACGCCUUCAGGAUCCAGGUGGAUAAAGUGUUUCAAUCCAUCAGGAAUGAAAUGUCAGAUUUGGAGGAGGAACAUCUGGUCAAACGGGCUAGACAGAACCAUACGGAGGACGGGAAGGGCUUGACCUCUGAUUCGUCUGACAGUGAGGAUUACCCCGAAUACCCGCUGACCAAUCACAUGAACACUUCACUGCUGAGUCUGUACCGGAAAACUAAUCCAGACCCUCCGUCUACUCCAGCUGCCAGAAAGGUGCCAGAGGGUGGUAGCGGCCAUGGGCGUGAAGCCCCUGGAACAGUGGGUCAAUCAGGAGAGUCACCGCGAGGUACAGUGUUGCCUGAGGGCGGCUGGUUUAUUGACAACACGCCGGGAGUUCCCCUUUCCGAGGACCGCCCGGUCAAUGUGAAAGAACCAAGGCGACAGAAUUCUGAGAGGCUAGAAGCUUCACCAGUGGACCGGGCUGAGAGAAAGAGAAGGAGACUGAAUAAAAGGAAACAGCAGGACCAAGAAGAGUCAAAGGAUGUGGAUGCUCAGAUAGAGUCAUCCGCACUGAACAGAAAAGCUGUGAAGAAAGGAUUUGAACUGCAACAUUCGACCGUCACGUUUGAGGAUGUUGGCGGCUGUGAAGGAACGUUAAAGGCUGUGUGCCAGCUGCUGAUUCACAUGAGGCACCCCGAGGUGUACCAGCAGCUGGGUGUGGUACCACCCCGAGGAUUCCUGUUACAUGGACCCCCAGGCUGUGGGAAGACACUUCUCGCACAAGCCGUUGCUGGGGAGCUGGAGCUGCCCAUGUUGAAAGUUGCUGCGACUGAGAUUGUGUCUGGAGUUUCUGGAGAGUCUGAGCAGAAACUGCGAGAGCUUUUUGAAGAAGCUGUGCUGCAGGCUCCCUGCAUCAUUUUCAUCGAUGAGAUUGAUGCCAUUUCUCCUAAACGGGAAGUGGCUUCCAAGGAUAUGGAACGUCGGAUUGUGGCUCAGCUGCUGACCUGCAUGGAUGAUCUGAAUAAUCUGGCUAGCACCACACAAGUUCUGGUUAUAGGUGCGACCAACAGGCCGGACUCAUUGGACCCUGCACUGCGAAGGGCUGGGCGCUUUGACCGGGAGAUUUGCCUGGGAAUUCCAAGUGAGGGUGCCCGUGAACAGAUUUUGAGGACGUUGUGCCGAACACUGAAACUUCCGGAAUCGUUUGAUUUCCACCAGCUUGCCCGCCUCACUCCUGGUUAUGUGGGUGCUGACUUGAUGGCUCUGUGUCGGGAGGCAGCCAUGAACGCUGUUAACCGCAUUCUGAUCCAGCAACAGGAAGAGAACGGACAAAGCAAUACUUCAGAGCCACAUGGCACCUCAAAACAACAGAAACAAACAGAGCUGGACGAGUUUGAGAGGUUGCGUACAUUGCUGAAGGAUCCAUCGCCUGUCUCUGAUGAGGAGCUGCAGAAGCUCCGUUUGGAGAUGACAGAUUUCACUGAUUCGGUGUCGGCCGUACAGCCCUCAGCGAAGCGGGAAGGGUUUGCCACUGUGCCCGAUGUGACAUGGGCUGAUAUUGGAGCUCUACAAGAAAUCCGUGAGGAGCUGUCCAUGGCUAUUCUGGCUCCGAUCCGACACCCAGAACAUUUCCAGCUUCUUGGACUGUCCAGCCCAGCUGGUGUGCUAUUGGCUGGGCCUCCCGGCUGUGGGAAAACGCUCUUGGCCAAGGCCGUUGCGAAUGAGUCUGGACUCAAUUUCAUCUCUGUGAAAGGCCCUGAGCUGUUAAACAUGUACGUUGGUGAGAGUGAGCGGGCAGUACGACAAGUCUUCCAGCGAGCAAGGAAUUCAGCGCCUUGUGUCAUUUUUUUUGAUGAACUGGACUCUCUGUGCCCUCGGAGAUCGGAGCAUGAAUCCGGUGCCAGUGUACGUGUGGUGAACCAGUUGCUGACAGAGAUGGAUGGGCUGGAGACCCGGAAGCAGGUCUUUAUCAUGGCAGCCACCAACAGACCAGAUAUUAUUGAUCCUGCUGUCCUGCGGCCUGGGCGACUGGACAAGACGUUAUAUGUUGGAUUGCCGAUGGCCUCAGACCGAUUUGCUAUCUUGCAAACUUUGACAAAGUUUGGGACCCGUCCUCUGUUAGACUCUGAUGUUGAUCUGUCUUCGAUUGCCAGUGACCAGCGCUGUGACAACUUCUCGGGUGCAGACCUGUCUGCACUGGUGCGUGAAGCUUCCAUUAAUGCCCUGAGGCAGCAUCUCUCUGGCCAGCCAUCAGAACAAGCCCCAGCUCCCUCCUUAGAAAUACGGGUGGCACGGCAGCAUUUCGAAGCAGCGUUCAAGAAAGUGAAGCCUUCUGUGAGUAAAAAGGAUCAGUUGAUGUAUGAAUUGCUGCAACAGUCUCUCAGCCGGUCUUAACUGAUGGAAGCACAGAUCCAGUUACGGAGUUUGUUCCUGUUGCUUUCCCUGUGCUGCAGUCUGGAGUCUUUCUGCACAGGUUGUAGUUGCUGUAACAUUUACAGGAACUGUUGAAUAUCUUCGUGCAUGUCUCACUGUGUGAGCUGCACUUCCUGAGUACGUAGUUAUUAUUAGAAGAACUGCGCUUUCCCGACUUGCUUCCUGCCAUUUGGGUCAGACUUGGGGAGUCACUUUGAGGAGGGGAACAUGGCUAUGAUCAUGUUUCAGAUUAUAAUGCCUCAAAGAAAAUUGUCCACUGGGGUAGUAAAUCUAUUUCUAGGGUUUCCCCUAACGUUACUGUCUGCCUUCGUAAUAUCCCCUCUUGCCCUCUGAUGGCUACUUUGUAUUUUAUUCCAAGACCCAGGAUAUUGAAGAAAUAAA